AUGAGGAAGAGGAUUCGCACGGAACGAAGCUCGUCUCCGACCCUCGAGUCGCCAGACCCAUCUGCCGACGGCCUCUCCGACUUCACGGCGGCGUGCUUAAAGCGCGCGUGUCGGAGCAGCACGGACGGCCCGAGACCCGCGAGCUCGAAGGCUCUCACCGACGUCUCAUUCAAGCGAUCGCCGUAUUAUCGAAAUACGAAGGGCAUCGGCUCAGGAGGCAAGGGGAACCUGCGGCCACCUAGGCCAUGUCGAACCCCAUCCCCGACAUUAUCCGAACGACCACCUUGGCGUAGUCCUGGGUGCCAGAAUCCUACUUCAUCCUCUUCCUCUCUUCUUCAACCAAGGAGGAGGUCACCUAGCUUUCCCAGGGGACUUCCUUCUCGCCCAAGCAGUCCGAGUCACCGUCGUUUGCCAUCCCCUGUGGCCCUGGAUCCUGCCCAUCAGGAGUUGAUAGGUCGUCGUAUCCGACGGGCACAAAGGGCUCGAUUUUAUCUUCUCCAGCGUACAGGUCCUCACUCCUUCCUUAUUGGAGGGGAUCUUCCUGAACAUAAGUACAAAGUGGUCAUUGGACCUCAGAUGUGCAGCUGUGGACAUGGACCAUAUUGCAUCCACAUCUUGUUUGUCAUGUUACGUGUCUUACAGCUACCAGACUCUGACCCUCGAUUGUUCUCCAAGGAACUGAAAAACUUUGAGGUGGAGUCAUUGUUCACUGCCUAUGAUGAGAGACGCAGCUGUAAAGUGAAAUCCAAGUGUGCGCCAGAUGCAUCUAGUUUUUGUGGUGCAGCCAAAGAAGACAGAACUCAGGAAAAUAAUGUCAUCCAUGAAGAAUCUGUGUCUUCCUCAGCAGCCAACAGGUUGGUUGGUGAUGAUGAAGAAGAGAUCUGUCCCAUAUGCCUCCUGGAAAUGACAGAUGGAGAAGGACUGGUUGCAUGCACCACUGGAUGUCAUAAUCGACUCCAUCAUCACUGCAUUGCCAUAUGGGCCGAGGAGUGCUGUCGGCAAGGAGAGAAGAUUUUAUGUCCCCUGUGCCGUACACCAUGGGGAGACACCCUCAAUCACACAUCACAAGCUCCUGUUAAGUAUCAAGGGGAACUUUCACGAGAUCUGAAAGAGAAGCAGAGCUCCCAGUGUGCAAGUCCAAGCUCUAGUGACUGCUGGAGACGCAGCAGCAAGGCACCUGUGGCCCGGGGGAGACAUGGAACUGCAUCCCCUGUCACUCAAGCCCUUGAAAGGAAUUUCAGGCGUGCAAGUCCCCAUCGCUCUAGGGGAUCCCUUUCUACUGAGAAUCUUAGCUGUAGUAGUGGUGGGAAUGUGGUCAUUCCUUUGGAACACAAGACCAGUGCAAGUCAAUGGGCCAAAGUGUUUGGAACUGAUGUGGUGUCAUGCCUGUUUGCCAAAGACUGGGUGCUGAGGGAGAUGGCACUGCGCCGCCUUAUGCAUGAUGUCGUGCAGGUGCUCUCUUAUGACGUUGGAGCAGAUGCAGAACAGCGGAUGUCUCAGGCAGUCCAUGCCUGUGCCAGCAUUCUUGCUCUCAUGGUGUCAGAUCCUGUGUACAAAGUCUACCUUGCAUGUGUGCGCUGCCUUCGAUCUCUCUUGGCAAACUUGCCUUGGCCACCAGAUGCUGAACCAGGGACACUCCAGGCACUCUUACAGCCUGUCCUCCAGAAUAUUUUGCUCAAAUGUACUGAUGGAAACCAGCGGAUGAGUCAGUUGAGCAUCGAAACAUUGGUGGAGUUUGCAAAGGGGCAACAUGGGGAGCUAGCAGUUGGUUCAGCAGUCCCAGGUUCCCAGUUUCGUACUGCAAGUGGAGCUGGGGGAAUGGAGUUCCUCCUUCAAUGCAUCCUCCAGGACUACAGUCUGCUCAGUGUUUCAUGGCAGUGGAUCCUUGGUCGUCUCUCGGUCUUGGAUCGGUUAAUGAGGGAUUUUCCUGAUCAGUUCUACCUCCGUUAUGUUCCACUUGGCCUGGGGGAGUCAGGCUACAAAUUGGAGAACUACAAUCGUCUCCUCACUACUUUGGAGUUUACAUUCCGUGCGCUAUCUAGCUCUCAUGGCACUGUUGGGAAGGUUGCACGAAGGCUAUUUGUCUUUGGAUCUCAGUUUGCCAUGCCUGAGCCUGCUGUUUAUAAACAGAUUGUUGGCAUGCUGUCCAUGUUGGAGCCUGGCCUUCAAACCUUGCUGCAGAAGCGUAUGAGUGCAAUGUCAGAGCACCAGGGACCAAGAUACUACAGUCAGGAACCAGUGACCCCAACAUCAGGUGUAGGGGGUGUCCAGAGGAAAAUCAGGUCAUCUUCCACUGUCCGAAAAGUCACUUCUCCAUCCCCUCAAAGAGAGAAAUCUUCACCUCCUCGCCCCAAUCACCUUCCUCUUGAUUCAAUUGGUCUUCAUCACAAACGGCAGCAGACCAAAUGGAACCAGACGUUCACACCCAGCAAACCCAACAUGGAGAUCCUAAGCCCAGCCUCAGAAGUGUUGGAUGUGUUCUCCCCUCCACCAGAGGGGAAAGACAUUGCAUUACAAUUCACUGAGGAGGUGGGGCGGUCCAGUCCUGAUGGUGCACCCAUGGUACCUCACACAACUCCAGUGCACGAAGCUCCAUUAAGGUGCUUAGAUGAAGAGUAUCAGCUAGGAAAGUCUGAAGCAGAUUCUGAAGACCUUCCUUUGAUCCCUGCUCUCUUUGAGGCCAGCCUAGUACACCUUCAUGGCAUUGAUUUGGAGGGUGGAAGUGAUGCAGAAAAAGAGUUUGGGGAGUACAAGGAAGGUUGUAAUUGGACAAGAGGACCCUUGCUUGGGACUGGUGCAUUUAGCACAUGCUAUCAGGCCUGGGAUCUCAAGACUGGCUCACUCAUGGCUGUCAAGCAGGUUUCAUUCUGUCGAAAUUCAGACGAAGAGCAAGAGAAAGUGGAGUCAGGAAUCUUGGAAGAGAUUGAGCUUAUGGUUAGCUUGAGUCAUCCCAACAUUGUUCGAUUCCUUGGUGUAACCAAAGAAGGAUGCCAUUUUAAUGUGUUCUCUGAGUGGAUGGCUGGAGGAUCUGUAGCUACCAUGCUGGACAGGUAUGGUGCCUUCUCUGAGCAAGUGAUAAUCCGCUACAUGCAGCAAGUGAUUGCUGGAGUUGUUUUUCUUCACGAGAAUCACAUCCUUCACCGAGACCUCAAAGGUGCAAAUUUGCUCGUGGACAGUACAGGAAGGCGCCUACGAAUAGGAGAUUUUGGAGCAGCAGCCCGCCUGGCAAGCAGGGCAACAAUACCAGGAGAAUUCCAGGGUCAGGUACUUGGAACAGUGGCUUUUAUGGCACCUGAGGUUCUCCGAGGAGAAGAUUACGGUCGAUCGUGCGAUGUUUGGAGCAUUGGAUGCUGCCUCAUAGAGAUGGCCACCCAGAAUCCUCCCUGGGAUGCCAAUAAAGUCUCCAACCACCUUGCUCUCAUGUUCAAAAUUGCAUGCAGCACCAUUCCACCUCCAAUCCCUGAUCAUUUGUCUCUUGAGACACAGAAUUUGGCCCUUCAAUGCCUUGAAGUCAAUGCUGCCUCCCGUCCUUCAGCCAAGCAGCUCCUCUCUCAUCCAGUCUUCCUUGGAACUGUCUCUUAGAAUGGUUCAUAGACUUUAUGCUGAUCCUGUUCCUGGUAGAAUGUAAAAUUGAUUGGUUUUGGUGGUUGGCUGAGAGCUUACUCUUCAGUUGCAUUUUUUGCAACAGUGAAGUUGUUGUGUUGGCAAUUUUAGAUCUAUUGAGACUUUCAAUGGAUUUAGUUUGGUCAUAAGCAUGACUAACUGGUCAAAAGUCUUGUCAAAUUUUUCUAAAUUUUGUGAUUCAGGUAGCAAUAAAUUUUUGCUGAAGAUUUUAGUCCUGAAUUUCGUCAAUUUUUUUAAAGAUUGCAUUGGCCUUAUGGUAGGGAGCAUAGGAUGAGGAUAACUUGCAGUAGCAUGGAUCACAUGGUGACAUGUUGGUGCUUGUAAAGGUUAGUUUUGAGGAACCCAAAUAUUGGGAUAUGUCUGCUAUGCAGGAAAAACUCAUUGAUUCUCUUCUUUUGUUUCUUCAUAUUUGUAUUACUAGCUCUAUGUGAGAGCAACUCUUAUGAGAAUUUUUAUAAUUAUUUUCUACUCUUCAUUCUGCCUUGUAGCAUUUAGCUUUAAGAGUUGAUUUCACAUUAGUUGCCAAUUCUGUCCAUGUGGACAAGAUCUCGAUUCUUCAUGGCUGAAGACUCUUGGGUAGCUGGAAUUCGUCUCUCUUUAUUUUGACACUUUCCUUGUCCAGUUUCUCUGCAUGGGAGUACAAACUAUAGCUUUUUUCUGAAUGUGAAUUUUUUUAUUUGUAUAUUGUUAUCAAUGAAGAUAUUUGUCUUGUGCCAAAGGAAGAUCUGAAGAAAUUUUCCCAGACAGCUUGUUCCUCUGGGAAACAUGAAAUUUCACCAUAUUAAUUUUUUUUGCCUUUUUCUGUGCUAUGUAUCAAAAUUUUUUCAAAACAAGGUUUUUCCAUUCAAACGACGAUUCUUAGCAGUUAUGGAGUUUCCUGUUUUCUUGGAGG